AAGAGAGGCGUGACGUGAAACGUAGUGGGCGGCCGGAAGGAAUGGCUGUCCUCGACGACUUUGAUGGAGAGAUGUAAAUUAAACACUGGUCAGUGCAGCGAGGGACUCAUGGGGGGCAUUGGAAAGCGAUUAUUGGCUGUACUACUGUUAUGGUCACCCAUCGUAUCCAAUGUCCGCACAGAUACGACAGCAGAGCUGGGACGGAUUUGUAGUCACUCUGAGCAGUGUGCUACCUUGGGACCGGACUUGUGGUGUCAUCCUCAGUCUCACAACUGCACCUGUCGAGGUUCUUUGCUCUGGGUAGCAAGUCUUCAUCGCUGUUCCGAAGCUGUUCCUCUGAAAGAAGAAUGUCAAGCAACGGAGCAGUGCGUUGCCUAUGAUCGACACAGUUACUGCGGAGAGUUUGGCCGAGCUCAGCUACCGCCCAAGAUUUGUCAAUGUCAGUUCGGUUAUGACAUGAAAGAACGGGACAAGCAAGUUGGAUGCAUUGAAAUCCCCAAUGCUUUUGGAACGCCACUGUUCGACAGCCGAGACACUGUGCCCAUUGUGAUGGGGUGCUUGGCUGCUGGCCUCGCUUUAGUUGCCUGCUGUGCGGGUAUCGUCCAGUUGCUAAGGAUCAAGCAUCGCUCAGGUGGCAGAGCCCAGCAAGACCCACGGGAGGCAGUGGUACUUAAUUUGAGCCACAUGUUGCAUCCUUAUUCAGAUAUGCCCUUCCCUUUCACAGCUUGCAACGGUACGUCUGCAGUGCCCACAGGCCUUUACGGAACACCUGCUGGUCCAGACCAACCCGACCUACCUCCCAGUUACGAAGAGGCCAUCAAGGACACCCCAAUUAUCCCACCUCCAUACGAGGAACGCAGAGAGAAUAAGCCAGAUGAGUGAAUGGCUGUGUCAUCAACAAUGGGUGGCAACUGCCUCAAGAACUGGCCUCAUGCUAUGGUGAUGCACGUAAUGACAAACAGUGUUUCUUGUACAGUCUUUCCUUUCCUCUUCUAUGUGCAACUGAAAUCUGCUAUGCUUUGUGACACAGACGCUUAGAAAAGAGAAUAUUUGGCACCCUGCAGUAGCUUCCCUGCUUGUAUGCCAUUCGAGAGUGUCCACACUGUAGCCAAAGAUGGGGUUGUCAACUGCAAGCGGCUGCUGGUCAAGUCACCCAGGUUAUGUCAUGUACAGUUGUUGUGUAAGGAGUAGUUUGGAUAUUCCCCGGUUAUUUAUUGCAAUUUCAUCAUUGACAGCUGUGCAAGUAUGUUGUACAUGAGAAGGUAACGUUGGUGGAAUGUGGUUUUAUUUUCAGUUGUGCGCUAAAUUGCCCAUUUUUGUUGGGCAGGAGCAAUGAAGGAAAUAGCCGAGUGCAGCCUUGAGUGGCAGGUAAUGCCCUUGUUAGCUACCCAAUUGAGUUCAGAGUGACUAAAUAGAAAUCGAGGCCAUCCUAACAGCAGGAUUCUUGUAGCAAUUUUUUGUCAUCUACUUCUACUGCCUUUGAAAUUCUUGACCAAUUCUGUAUUAAAAUUUUUAGAGCGUGUGUUCAAUAGUA